AUGGGUGUUAAACGCAGUAGGUCGCAGCAGACUGCAUUGAAUGAACGUCGAAAAAGAGGAACAUGCAUAAAGAAAGGAUUGGACGAGUUGGGUGAUUUGGAUGUAGCUCAGAAUCCCAAAAAUGAAAAGACUACUUCCACUAGUACUACUACUACUAGUAGUGGUCCUACCAAACUACUGAAAGAUGCAGUAACGAUAGACACGGAAAAUAAUGUUGUUUCUCAUUCCACACCCUCUUCUUCCUCCUGUUCCCCAGCAGCGAGUGUGUUCGGUCAUGGUUGGGAAGAGUGGCGCCAUGUGAAACAAUUACUAUUUCAUUCCGAUGAUAAUAAGAGUAUCACACAAACCAGACGAAGCGCAUUGGAUCGUAUUCAAAAAGUAUGGCAGGCACGAGGCCGCAAACACCGCCCAUUCCCCGCCUAUGUGGAAUCCACCGCGCUGCUGCUAGAGGCCGUAUCACUGGAUGAAGAGGACAAACUCUCCUCAUCGGCUGCCGUCGUAUUUUACGGUGCGGCCAUAUCACGUGCGGUGCAUCUCAUGACAGGCACAUUUGCACGAGGUGAGGACGACACGUACCGCAAACGUGCGCGGGCGAUUGGAUUCCCCGAAGAGGCGGUGGAAGUACGGCAGCGUGUGGCCCACGGCGCCCUACCGCUUCUCUCGGAACUGCGUUGGGUCUGCGGAUUGGUGCUGCAAUUCCUUUUUCAGCAUUACUGGGUGGAACAGGAGCGUCAUGUACGUUUAAUGGAAGAAGAAGAAGAAGAAGAGGAAGAAGAAGAAGAGCAUAAAAAUGAGAAGGGAUUGAAUACAAGUGCGUUGCAGCAAAGAGAAUAUGUUCCCACUUCAACUGUGGAGGAAAUGCAGCAUCUUCUCGAGGAGCUAGGCAGCUCAAGUGAAGAGGACCAAAGUGAGACUGAUGAGAGAGAUAGUGGUAAUGCACAGAAUCCUGCAGAAAUAGUACAGGAUGGUUGGAAACUCUUAUGA